CUGGAAUGGUCGGAUACUUGUAUUUGAAAUCAGGGUUUGAUUAUCUGUACGAAGACGUCCAAGACAGAUAGCAACGAUCAUGAUUACAAUGCAACUGCUCCUGACUUUGUCUGUAAUGCUGGGUGUCACCAAUGGUUACGGACAUAACACCAAACCUUUCAACCCAACCGUGACAGUAAGAAAAUGUAACAGAAACAAGCUCGUCGUCCACAUGAAAAACGCUACGGAAGGAGGCAUACUCUAUAUAUUAGGAAAGGGACCCGGAUGUAAACAUAGAACUUCGGAAAGUUUACAUGAUUAUGCCUUUCGAUUUGACACCUGCAAAGUAGAUUUGAGUAAAAUGUUUCGUGUGAUUGUACAACAAAGGUCGUAUGCGCAGACAGCUAGCGAUAAGACAGUACAGGUGAUUUGCGCUAUUGAUAUGUCCGACCCCAACUCUAUUGAUGUAUCCGACUUCAACUCAGAUCACACAAGUCACAGAGACAGUAGGUCCGGUGCAGAUGGACAACACACACGUCAGCCAUCAAACACGGGUCCAAUAGAUUACAUACAAUCUAAGGGAAAUGAAGAACAAACGUCAGCUAAAUAUGCAACAUCUCCGGUGUCUGCUGACGAGAACAACGACAAUGUUCACUACGACACCAUCUACAGAACCAACUACGGCAACAACCACGAUACCAACUUCUAA